AUGUCUGUCGCGCUGCCAUCCAUCGUCAGCAACGCCACCGCGACAACCGCAGUGGUUGGCAACGCCGGCUCCAACUUCUGGCUCUUCAACCCCUCGGCGGGCUGGGACCUCACGCACCAGCCUCCGCCCGAGUGGCCGCCGGCAACCCCACAGCCGCCGGCCCGGCGCCUCACGCUGACGACGACGACGGCGCCCGUCACCGUCGACCCGGACAAGACGGCGCUGAUCGUCAUCGACAUGCAGAACUUCUUCCUGUCGCCCGCCAUGGGCCGCGCGCGCGGGCCCGGCCACGCCGCCGAGGAGACCCUCCUCUCCACCGGCCUGCCCGCCGCGCGCGAGGCCGGCAUCCGCGUCGUCCACGUCACGUGGGGCAUCACCGACGAGGAGCUGGCCGUGCUGCCGCCCGUCAUCUUCCGCAUCUUCGGGUACAAGGAGACGCCGGCGGAGGGCGAGGACGACCGUUUCACGGAGAAGAAGGGCGCCAAGGAUGUGGGGCGCGACCUCGGGACCGUCAAGUUCCCCGACGGGACGGCCGUUGCGGCGGGCCGCACGCUGAUGCGCGACCAGUGGAACACGGCCCUGUACGGCGGGCUUCAGAAAAGUUUCGACGAUUCCCAGGGCACGGCCAUGCCCCAGGUUCGGUUUCAUAAAAACAGGCUAUCCGGCUUCUGGGGCGGCUCGAAUGACCUGAUCGAAUACCUCAAGGAGCAAAAGAUCACGACGUUGCUCUUCGCCGGGGUGAACACGGACCAGUGCGUCCUGGCCUCGAUACAAGAUGCGUGCAACUUGGGCUUCGAUACCAUCCUGCUCAAGGACGGGUGCGGGACCGGUAGUCCGGACUACACGAGGCAGAUGGUCGAGUUCAACGCCCGGAAGUCGUGGGGGUUCGUGUCGUCGUGCAAGGAGCUGGCUGAUGGUGUCAAGGCUACGAGACAGACUGCGUCGUUGUAA